AUGAUCAAGUGUCAUCGCAGAGUCUGCCCACAUGGCUGGCCCAGAUAUAAGACACACUGCUAUCACUACGUCCCCCUCGUGACCACAUGGCCAGAGGCAGAGAGGAAAUGUUUGCUCUUGGGAGGUAAUCUGGCAUCAGUGCACAGCCUUCCCCAGUAUCGUUUUCUUCAGUCUGUCAUCAAGAACAGUACCAAGAAAGCCCACCGCACCUGGAUUGGAGCCAACGAUGCCGUCAAGGAGGGUCUUUGGCUGUGGAGUGACGGGUCCAGGUUUAACUACCAGAACUGGGCCCCGGGGCAACCCUCCAACUCCAACCAUGGUGUUGUGAAGGGCACAAAGGGCCGGGAGGAUUGCAUGGAGAUGAACUACGGAGGUACAAUGCUGUCACCAGAAAAGCUGUGA